AAAAGAGUCCUCCACAGCCACAGCUGCCUCGGUCUCCCGCCUCUUCAAUGCGCACAGCAAUGAAUGCCCCUGGGGCGACUGCUGACGGAGACACCGAGACAGAGCCGCGAGGAAGGGGGUGGGCCAGGAAACAGACCCUCGGCUGAAGCCAGGACUCACUCAUUUACUCACACUGAGUCUACACACAGGUGCCCCAAUCUGUGGGAACAAAGAGAGCGGAUACUAUCUGGGAAUGCUUCAAGUGCGACUUCUGCGGAGAGGAUUGUAACUGCCACCCCAUAGCGUGCCUUUGUCUGUUGUUAAGAUGUACAAUACAAGUCUUGAGAUGGAAAUGCUCAAUGUGAGCAACGUCACUCACUGCCCGAAGAAUGACAACUUUAAAUAUCCCCUCUACAGCAUGGUGUUUAGCAUCGUCUUCAUGGUAGGACUGAUCACGAAUGUUGCCGCCAUGUACAUCUUCAUGUGUUCGUUAAAACUGCGGAAUGAAACCACUACGUAUAUGAUGAACCUAGUAGUGUCGGACUUGUUAUUCGUGCUCACUCUACCCUUGAGGGUUUUUUACUUCGUCCAGCAGAACUGGCCGUUCGGCAGUCUCCUCUGCAAGCUUUCCGUUUCGCUCUUCUACACCAACAUGUACGGGAGCAUCCUAUUCCUGACCUGCAUAAGCGUGGACCGCUUUCUGGCCAUCGUUUACCCCUUCCGAUCUAGAGGACUCCGAACCAAACGCAAUGCCAAAAUUGUGUGCGCUGCAGUUUGGGUUCUCGUUCUUUCAGGAAGCCUUCCUACGGGAUUCAUGCUCAACAGUACUAAUAAGCUGGAGAACAACAGCAUCUCCUGCUUCGAGAACUUCUCCUCGAAGGAAUGGAAGAGCCAUCUUUCAAAAGUGGUGAUUUUUAUAGAGACGGUGGGGUUUCUGAUCCCACUGAUGCUCAAUGUGGUUUGCUCUGCGAUGGUGCUUCAGACUUUAAGGAGACCAAACACUGUGAGUCGAGGAGGGAAGCUCAACAAGAAGAAGAUCUUGAGGAUGAUCAUCGUCCACCUCUUCAUCUUCUGCUUCUGCUUCAUCCCGUACAACGUCAACCUUGUCUUCUACUCCCUCGUGCGAACAAACACCUUGAAAGGAUGCGCGGCGGAGUCGGUAGUCCGGACCAUCUAUCCCAUCGCUCUGUGCAUCGCCGUGUCCAACUGCUGCUUCGAUCCCAUCGUCUACUAUUUCACCUCGGAGACUAUACAGAACUCCAUUAAGAGGAAGACCCAGACCGGCCAUUCCAUAGAUGUUAAAUUUUCCGAGGCCUUGCAGUCGGAGACGUCGUCCACCCUACAGUUCAGCCUGAGGUCCAUCAAGAACAAGAUGUUUCACAAUGAGUCCCACGUAUGAGGGAUUACCAGUGGAUUUAAGGACACAUAAAGCACUCUUUAGCAUGUGGAUAUAUAUCGGGUUUGUUUAAUAUCUCUGAGGGCGAUAAGUAAACGGUGGGCUCUUAUAGGGAUUUACCUCCCUGUAAAAGUCAUCCUUCAGUCCAGAACCCUGGGACACACCUGUUCCCCUUGGAAAUAUGUCCAAACAUUUGAAAAGCGCAGUAAGGAUAAUGCAAAUAUAGAUCAGCUGGAAGUCUCUAACUGUUUGUGAAUGUACUCACAUUUCCAGAAUUUG